GAACUGAAGCAAGAACUGGGACACCGCCUGCAACUCAAUGACUUGCUCAUCAAGCCGGUACAGCGGAUCAUGAAAUACCAGCUGCUUCUCAAGGAUUUCCUGAAAUACUAUGGCAAAGCAGGCAAGGACACGGGACAGCUGGAGAGAGCUGUGGCAGUGAUGUGCUUCGUUCCCAAACGUUGCAAUGACAUGAUGAAUGUGGGACGUCUUCAGGGCUUUGAGGGAAAACUGACGGCACAAGGGAAGCUGCUGCAGCAGGAUACCUUUUGGGUGACGGAGCAGGCAGGCGGGAUCCUGGCACGGGGCCGGGAGCGGCGCAUCUUUCUCUUUGAGCAGAUUGUCAUCCUAAGCGAGACAAUGGAUCGGCGGCGUGGUCCGUAUGCCCCCGCAACCUAUUCCUUCAAGAGCAGCAUCAAGGUAAGCUGUUUGGGCUUGGAGCCGUGUGUGGACAACGAUCCCUGCAAAUUUGCACUGAUCUCUCGCGGUGCAGAACGGGGCACCGUCCGUUACAUACUGCAGGCAGCAACGCCGGAGAUUGCCCAGGCUUGGGUGGCCGACAUCAACCUCAUCUUGGAGACCCAACGUGACUUCCUCAACGCACUGCAAUCGCCCAUAGAGUACCAGCGCCGAGAGAGUAAGACUCACAGCCUAGGAAGGACAGGAAGCCCGCUCCCGUCCCUGCCUGGUGGAUCUGCCCGGCCCCACUCCUCCGCCUCCGUGGACCAGAAUAAGGGAUCCGGCCUUCAGACCUACAACGCCUCCCUCCCGUCCCUUUACCUUCCUGUUGCGCCCCAAGCUGAGCAUCCCCCCUACCCACUGCCAGCUCUCAGCCAAAGCUCUCCAGGGUCCAGCCCGGUUCACAUACCUUUGGAUGGCGCUGAGUCGCAGCCCCCCAGUGACCCCCAGCAGGAGUCCCUGCACGUGGCCCCAAGCGAUGACGACGAUGCUAGACUUCUGCUUCCCGACCCUGAUUUCCUGGACAUUCAUUUCCCUCAAGGCUGCGCCCGACUUGCCAAGCUCGAUGAAGACGAGCUGUGACUUUGGGAAUGUGGGGACAACCCCUGUCGGGUUCCGGGGAUUUAGACUGCAAGGACUGAACCGGCUCCGCCUUCCUCGGUCCCCCUUCCUCCCUCUGCUGUU